AUGGCAGGACAAUGGGUUACCACCCAGGAAGUUAUUGACGAGCUCAAUCGCGUCAAGGCAGAGAUGGGGUCGUUGAAGGAGAGCUAUGUCGCGUCGUGCAUGGAGAUCCAAAGCUUGAAGUCCGCCAAGAAGACGUCAAAGGGGCCUAAGCCUCGCAAUGUUCGUGGCGUCUCCAGGAUGCGGAAUCUGGACGGCAAGGAGUUCGAGACUCCUGUGAAUCAUGUUGAUCUGGAAGAUGCUGAUGAUUCGGAAAAGGAAGAUGCCGACGGCGGCGAGAAUGACGGCGCCAAUCCUUUGAAAGAGCCCGUCCAAGGCCGUCUCGAUGAUCCUAUCCAACAGCGUCUCCAGCAGCUAGAAGACAUGAUCGCUCGCAUCCCUGGUGUCCCCAGGCCCAUGGAAAAAGCUACUCCUAACAGUUAUGCUGAUUCUCCUUUUGCAGAUCCCAUCGCGUUGAUCGAGGUGCCCAAUAGGUUCUCUGUCCCAUCCAUGAAGCUGCAUGACGGCACCACCGAUCCUAAUGAUCAUGUCGCACAAUACAAGCAACGGAUGAUCACCAUUUCGAUCCCGAAAAAUAUGCGGGAAGCAUGCAUGUGCAAAGGCUUUGGCUCGACGCUGACCGGUCCAGCACUACAGUGGUUCAUUAAUCUCGAUAACGGGAUUAUUUCUUCUUUUGCUCAAUUAAUCAAUACUUUUAAUAUGCAAUUUGCUAGCAGUCGCAAAAUGGAAAAGCAAGCCAGCGAUUUGCACAGAAUUGUGCAAAAAUCUGACGAGUCUCUCAAAGAGUGUGUGAACAGGUUUAACAGAGAAAAGGUGUCCAUUCCAAAUUGCGACGCCCGGACGGCCAUUGAAGCUUUCAGGCGUGGCUUAGAUGAGGAGUCCGACCUCUACAAGGAGCUGACCAAGUAUCCCUGUCCGACGUUCGAGGAUGCUCAAGCCAAGGCCCUGGCGCAAAUCAGGCUGGAGGAAGACAUGCAGUCCAGAAAGGCUUAUGCCAAUGCUGACAGCCGGAAAGCAGCGUCCAGCAAGCAGACGUCGUGGCGUCAAAAGCCUUAUGAGCGCCCGCAGCAGGUUCAUAGCGUCCGUCAUGACGGACCAGCCAAUGAUUGGAAGAAUGAUCCCGGCCUUCCCCCCAAGCUAAGCGAAUAUGGCUUCAACGUCACUAUGGGAGGUAUCAUUAAUACUUUACAUUCUUUAGGUUCUGCUGUUAAAUGGCCUUUCAGGAACGAGAAAUCGACGGCCCAUCGCGACAAAUCCAAAUGGUGCGAGUUCCACGGAGACCAGGGCAUCACACCGACGUGUGUCGCUCUGAGGCGAGGUGUCCUACCUGCUGAAGAAGGGUACCUUAAAGACUUGCUGACGGAGAAGGGUAAGCAGACGGUGUCAAAAAAUGACGACCGACGUCAACCGCCGUCAUCCCCGCCGCAUGUCAAGGUAAUUAAUGUUAUUAGCGGUGGUUCAGAUAUCUGUGGACUAACAUAUUCUGCAGCUAAACGGCAUGCACGAGACGGUUUAAAUCAAGGCACCGUCCCCAAGGAACUCCGUCACCCUUGUGACGUCGAGCUGGAGGCCAUGCCGAUUACCUUCGAUGACGCCGAUCUCGGCGACGACAGAGACAUACACCAUGACGGUCUGGUAAUAUCUUUAACUGUCAGUAAUUGCUUGCUUAAACGUGUGUUAGUGGACAAUGGCAGUUCAGCAAACAUCCUGAUGAGAGGCGCUCUAGAGGACAUGGGGAUCGAUGAGCGUGACGUCAUCCGAAAUCUACUGUCCUUGUCGGAUUCAGCGGAGAAUCCAAGCAUACCAUGGGAGAAGUGA